AUGCCGCAAGAGACGCUCACCUUCCCACCGCUGUACUGCAUCGUUGGAGCGUACCGCUUGGCUCACGAUCCGGCGCUAUGGAAGCCCAUGUGGGAGAAAUGCUCGCACGCCGCUAAGCAGGCUCUUGUCGUCGCGGGCGUCUGGGGCGUCCUCACGUGGCCCUUCCAGCGACUGUUCGUGUACUACUUCAUGUCGGCGUCUGCUUCCGUGACGGGCUUCAACGCGGUGUAUGGAAGAGUGGUAGAGACGGCAGAUGUGACGGAUGAUAGCCUGCCGUUUCGUAUUCCGAUACCGAGUUUACAGAGUAAGUCCCUUCCCACCCUCCCCUGA